AUGGCGGACGCUACUCGAUCCAAGCAAAUGCAGCAACAGAUCGAUGCCUUAGAGGAGAACCAUCAAGAAUCCCAAACUCGUUUCACCAACAUUGAUGAGAGACUGGACCAACUCACUGAAAUGGUUCGAAUCUUGGUUGCUCAUCAAGGAAACUUGGCACGAGACCUGCAAAACCAGCAAGAAAAUGAGCAUGGGAUGCAAAGGGGGCCAAACUUAAGAGGUAUUCGGCUAGACUUUCCACAUUUUGCGAGUGAAAACCCAUCAGCAUGGGUUUUUAAAGCAUCCCAAUACUUCGAAUACCAUCAAACCACCCCUGCACAAAAGUUACUGCUAGCCUCAUAUCACAUGGAAGGGGAUGCCUUGGUAUGGUACCAAGAGGCCCUAGACACAGCCCAGUUUGUGAGUUGGGAGACUUUGGUGCGGGCUAUGUUGGUUCGUUUUGGACCGACAGCCUAUGACGACCCUAUGGAGACCUUAACUAGGUUGAAGCAAGUCACUACGGUGGCAACUUAUAAGGCCAGCUUUGAGGCGCUGUCACAUAGAGUACGGGGCCUUUCUGAGCACCAUAAGUUAAGUUGCUUUCUAAGCGGCUUAAAGGAUGAGAUCCGGCUACCUCUUCGCAUGUUUAACCCACACAACUUAACGGCAGCAUUUGGAUUAGCACGAAUUCAAGAAGAAUACAUUAAUAAUGCUAAGAAGCCAAUGAAGUUCUUGGGGGAAAAGGGGCUGUCCAGUUUCAGUAACACUUCCUAUGGGAAUGUGGGUGCUACGAGUACUAACAUUCAGAAAUCCAGCCCUCCUAUCAAAAAAAUUUUUUCCACGGCAUGGGAUGAGAAGCGUAAAAAAGGGUUGUGUUAUCAUUGCGAUGAAAAAUGGAACCCCAACCACAAUUGCAAAAAGUCUAAGGUGUACCUUCUUCAAGGAAUUGAGGAAGUAGAGGCGAUAGAGGAAGGUGAAGAGGAAAUUGCUUUGAUUGCUGAAUUGCCUAUGGAAAGGGACUCAAAACAGAAAGGGGUUAUAGUUGAACCCGAGAUUUCCUUAAAUGCAAUUACAGGGACCCCUAGUUCAAAGACUAUGCGACUCAUGGGCUGGAUUGGAAGUAUACAAGUGGUACUUUUGGUGGAUUCCGGGUCUACGUACAGUUUUAUGGAUCCAUCUAUUGCACGGGCUGCGAAGUUAAGUGUUGAUAAAAGUAAGAAGAUUGCUGUCAAGGUUGCAAAUGGACAAAUGGUGCAAGGUCUAGGCCACUGCAGCAAGGUUAAAACAAAAAUACAAGGUAUUCAAUUUAACCCUUCUUAUUAUGUUUUGCCUCUUGGUGGUUGUGAUGUGGUCCUUGGGGUGGAUUGGUUGGAAUCCCUUGGAGACAUUGUGUGGAGUUUCGUUGAAUUGAGUAUGAAGUUUGUAUACUUGGGUAGAAAGGUGGAGCUAUUGGGGUUGAGGUUAGAUGGCCUUACAAUUGAAAAAGGAGGAAAGGCAAUGAGUGCUUCGAUGUAUAAGGGGAAGGGGCUCUUUUUACAGCUGUUACUUGAGGAAGAUAUGGAGAAAACUGCAGAUUUGAAGGAGGAUGUCCAGCAAGUACUCACUAAAUUUCCCCAAGUCUUUGAGGUACCAAGAGGGUUACCACCUUCAAGACCCCAAGACCAUAGAAUUCCCCUUAAGGAAGGAACUCAACCCAUGACAGCUAGACCUUAUCGAUACCCCCAUUACCAAAAAUCUGAGAUAGAGAAGAUUGUGGUGGAGUUGUUAGAGUCCGGGGUGAUAAGACCUAGCACAAGUCCUUUCUCUUCUCCCGUGCUCUUGGUGCGUAAGGCGGAUGGGAGUUGGCGCAUGUGCGUCGACUAUAGGGCUCUUAACCAAGUAACCAUAAAGGACAAAUUUCCUAUACCCGUUAUUGAUGAGCUGUUGGACGAAUUAUAUGGGUUGGUAGUUUUCUCCAAGUUGGACUUGAGGUCCGGAUAUCAUCAAAUCAGGGUGGUUCCUGAAGAUGUGGAAAAAACAGCAUUUAGGACUCACGAAGGGCACUAUGAAUUCCUAGUGAUGCCCUUUGGGUUGACUAAUGCCCCAUCAACUUUUCAAGGUUUAAUGAAUGAGAUGUUUCGGCCUUAUUUAAGAAGGUUUGUUCUAGUGUUUUUUGACGACAUUCUAAUUUACAGCAAGUGCUGGACAGACCAUAAGAAGCAUUUGGAAGUGGUGCUGGAGGUGCUGAAGAAGAACCAGCUGUAUGCCAAACUGUCAAAAUGCCAAUUUGGAGUUACAGAGGUGGAUUAUUUGGGGCACGUGAUUAAUGAAAAAGGGGUAAUGGCUGAUUCCCGUAAAGUGGCUGCCAUGUUAGAAUGGCCUGUAUCGCUGAAUGUUAAAUCAUUAAGGGGUUUCUUGGGUUUGACGGGUUACUACCGCAAAUUUAUUAAAGGAUAUGGAACAAUUGCUGCUCCAUUAACAGAUUUAUUAAAAAAACAUGCCUUUGUGUGGAAUGAUGGAGCAAUGAAGGCUUUUAAUGAGCUGAAGUUGGCUAUGACACAACCCCCGGUUCUUAGACUUCCGGAUUUUUCAAAACCCUUUACCAUUGAGUGUGAUGCAAGUGGUAGAGGGAUGGGAGCAGUUUUAUUGCAAGCUGGUCAGCCCCUUGCUUACUGGGAAGGUACUUGA